CGAUUCCGGUCCUCCCGACUUUCCCAAAUCUCAAUCUCUGUUCGUCGCCGUCGGCCACCAGCUUUUCCGAACCUUAAGACCACCAUGAGCUCUCUCUCAUCAUUUUUUUCUUCCGUGUUCUCCGUCAUCCAAAACGACACCGAGGAAAAGCCUGAAACCGAGACCAAAAACGAAGCUCAGGAAGAAGUUCAGGAAGAGGAACCGGCCGCAGAGGAGGAGGAGGAACCUGAGGACCCUCACCCAGCUAUUAGGGAAGAAUGCCAAAACUCUGCAAAGUGUGCUCAGCUCGCGAGACACUUUGAACAUUGUAAUGAGAAAGUUAACGCCGGCCAAGGUUUCAAGGGUGAGGAUUGCGUUGAAGAACUGUAAGUCAUGAUGCACUGCGUCGACAACUGUGCUGCUCCGAAGCUUUUCGCCCAACUGAAGUAGACGUCAAACGUGUUAGAUUACCUAGAGUGAUAGUUCUAGAACGUAGCCUGUCGUUUCUACGCCUUCAUACUUUCCUCACUGUUGAGUGUUGCAAAAAUAAAUCAUUGAUUCUGAGACAGUAAUCCUCCUAGUGUUACUUC